AUGUUGUUUAAAUUAUUAUUAAUUUUGGUCUUCUCUCUUUGUUAUCUGUCUGUCCUAGCUGUCAUUAUUUCCUCCCCAAUCUCUCUUUUAGUGUCUCAUUCCAAUGAAGGUGAAUCAGGUCUUGAUGAUGAAUCACAAGAUAUCACUGGAGUUUUAGAAUUUUUUGAAUAUAAUGAGAAUGAUUCAGACAGUAGUACCAGUGAAAGUGCUAGUCACACCCACCAGGAGCUUGAGUUGCCUAAAGAACCUUUUCAAUUACGACAAGAGAUUGCUAGUCAUUCACUUGAAGUACCUGAAUUUGAUAUUGGCAGUAGUCACAGUGGUGGUAUAUCUCACGCCUCCAGUGGUCGUCGCUCCUCACAACACACUCUCAACUUCCCCAACCAAUUUAUACCAGGCUGGACUCCACCUACCUGGGACUUCUCCCCUCAAGUAGCUGAAGUAUUGAAGCACUACGCUGGGAAGGGUGAUGUUCAGAUGAGUGUUACUAUUAUUCUUGUGUUUGGUGAGAGGGUCAGUAAACUGAUACCUGAAGUAACAUUACUGCAAUGGUUUCAUUCUUACAUUGAUUUAUUGACACAAUAUCAGUUAUUAAAUGAAGCUGUUUAUAUUACCAAGAACUGUCCUCUUAAGCAAAUAAAAGAAAUUAGUCAGAGUUCAACACUGUAUAAUAUUGGGUGUGGUCGAUGUAAUAAGCCCAUCCCACCUGCUAAUAUAAUGUGUCAGAAAUGUGAGGGUAGACUUAAUAUCUGCUCUGUGUGUCAUGCUCCUGUUAAAGGAUUAUACUCAAUGUGUGAGGUGUGUGGUCAUGGUGGCCACAUGUCUCAUUUGAAGGAAUGGUUCAGUAUUAACAGCUGGUGUCCAUCUGGUUGUGGACAUAACUGUGUAACAUGAAAAUUAACAAACAUUGUGAUUAUAAUGCUGUUAAUUAAUAGUGUUAAAGUAACUUGUGAUAUUAAUUUUUACUAUUAUUUUU